UCGACGAUCACGGAAGUGACCACGGCCCACGACCAGGAACGCCUCUGGGAAUCCAACGCUGGAUUCGUCGUGAGGCUGCAGGCCCGCAUGAGGGGCUACCUGGUCCGCCAGGAAUUCGUGGCCCGCAGACACCUGUUGCGGGAGCAGUUACCCGCUGUUAUCAAAAUUCAAUCAUGCUGGAGAGGCUACAGACAGCGCAGCGCUUACCUGCAAAGAUUACGGUACUUGCAAAAAACCAGAGAUGCUGUGAUAAAGAUCCAGGCAUAUGUGAGGAUGUGGCGAGCUCGUAAAAGGUACCGGGAACGGCUGCGCUACUUCAGGAAGAACAUUAAUGCUGUAAUUAAAAUCCAGGCUUUUGUGAGAGCUAACAAGGCCCGUGGGGAUUACAGAAUGUUGGUCCACGCCAGGGACCCGCCACUGAGCAUCGUCCGGCGCUUCGCCCACCUGCUGGAGCAGAGCCAGCACGACUUCUGGGAGGAGUCGGAGCUGCUGAAGCUGCGGGAGGAGGUGGUGAAGAGGAUCCGCUCCAACCAGCAGCUGGAGAGCGACCUCAACCUUAUGGACAUCAAGAUCGGGCUUCUGGUUAAGAACAGGAUCACACUGCAGGAGGUGGUUUCCCACUGCAAGAAGCUGACGAAGAAGAACAAAGAGCAACUGUCCGACCUGAUGGCCAUCGACAAACACAAGGGGCUCAAGUCGCUCAGCAAGGAGAAGCGUCAGAAGCUGGAGGCCUAUCAGCACCUCUUCUACCUGCUGCAGACCCACCCUGUGUACCUGGCUAAGCUGAUUUUCCAGAUGCCCCAGAACAAGUCGACCAAGUUCAUGGAAUCGGUGGUCUUCACGCUCUACAACUACGCGUCCAACCCCAGAGAGGCCUACCUGCUCCUUCAGCUCUUCAAAACCGCCCUGCAGGAGGAGAUCAGGUCCAAAGUCGACCAGCUCCGUGACAUCCUAACGGGGAACCCCACCGUGAUCCGGCUGGUGGUGAGCUUUUACCGGAAUGCCCGCGGGCAGAACGCCUUGCGUCAGAUCCUGGGCAGCCCCGUGCAGGAGGUUCUGCAGGACAGAACCCUCAGCAUCCGCACCAACCCCGUGGACAUCUACAAGGCCUGGAUCAACCAGCUGGAGUCUCAGAGCGGACAGAAGAGCAAGCUCCCAUAUGAUGUUAGCCCCGAGCAGGCCCUGAGCCACCCCGAGGUUCAGCGUCGGCUGGACAUCUCCAUCCGCAACCUCCUGGCAGUGACGGACAAGUUCCUCUCUGCCAUCACCUCUUCCGUGGACAAAAUUCCCUACGGGAUGCGCUACGUGGCCAAAGUCCUAAAGACGUCCCUGGCUGAGAAAUUCCCAGACGCCGGCGAGGAGGAGAUCUGCAAGAUUGUCGGGAACCUGCUCUAUUACCGUUUCAUGAACCCGGCCGUGGUGGCUCCGGACGGCUUCGAUAUCGUUGAUAUCUCUGCCGGCGUGGCCCUGCACCCGGAGCACCGGCGCAACCUGGGCUCCAUUGCCAAGAUCCUGCAGCACGCGGCGGCCAAUAAGAUGUUCGAGGGGGAAAACGGCCAUCUGCGGGUGGUGAACCAGUACCUGGAAGAAACCCACUCUAAGUUCAGGUUGGUGCCAUGCGGUGGCAGUUGUAGCCACGGUCCCAUUGCGCUAGGUGCGGUACGUACAUGUAGUGAGACUGCUCCGAUCCCCUAAAGAGUUUAAUUGAAACAAA